UGAAGGAUUCAAUAGACAAUCAAACAUGAGAAAUAUCAUCAUAGUUGAAAGUAAACAAUAAUCAGUAACAAAAUCUUUUCUCUUUACGCCAUCUUUGCCAAAGGAAACAGAAAUCUUAUCUUUCUUUGGCGCUCUUUCCUUCUACAGUCAGAAGACACAAGAAAUUAACCAAUUUUUCUUGAAAUCUUUAUUUCUUUUCGUUAACUUGUCCCAUUUUAAUUGCUAUUUUGGUCACCUUUUUUCCUGGUAAACUCUCUGUUAAAUUGUGAAAUUUAAAUUGUUUAUUCGUAUUGUGAUUGUUACAUUUUAUGCUGUUCACAUAGUUUUUGAGUGACUUGUUAAAUUGGGUCUUUCCCUACAACAUACAUCUUCUCGUUUACACUGACAACACCAGAUUAACAUUGGAAACGUUUACAUAGUGGUGUUGCUGUUUGAAUUUGUGCUUCGUAAAUUGAAAUAUACAUGUCUUGGUGAUAGGUCAAUUUCUCAACUCAAAGUCAAGUUUAAUUCUACUUUUAGCUUGAAAAGCGAGUAAAAGAGAGAAAAAGAGAAACAGUGAGCAAGAGAGCGAAUGAUAUUUGGGAACUUGUUUAACAGGAACCAUCAUCAUUAUCAGAAACAACUUGAUUCAGUCUCAUUUUAUCUCCUCUUGAUUUGGAAAAACUUUUCUUACUUGUUACUUCUAAUCUAACCUCGUCGAAGUUGAUCAACAGUAAACUUGAUCCCGUUCAUUUGAGAGUUCAAGUUCAUCUCUUUCUUUGUCAGUCUGAUCAUCACCAGCUUCUUCUUAUUUUUCAAGUUAUGUGAACUUUUCUUCCUUUUUCUUCUUCUUCUUCCUUAUGAUUUUAACUCUAUCCAAGGGAAUCCAAACCAUAACAACAAAUAAUCAACAGUAACUUGAAUUACUACUUCCGUCUUUUAAUUUGACUUUUUGAGGUCCAUCGAUUAACCAUCAGCUACAAAUUUAGUUAUUUACCAUUUUCACUUCAUUUAACCUUGGACUUUGCUUGGCAUCAAGUCAAUCAUCAUCUUGUUGAUUCAUCUUACACUUUAAAAAUUGUAUCUUCACCAAAAACAUCAUGAGAUUCAUUGGAGCCAUUGUGAUUUUAUCGCUUUUAAUUAACUUUUCCCUCUCAUUAAGUAUUCGUAAACAUGUCAACAAAUACAAUUCAAUUCCUUCAGAUGAAAUUGAUCUCUGGUUAUCAGAUCACUUGUCGGAAACACCAAAAAUUAACGAACCUCCUUCAUCAUUUGUAAAACAAGAUGACGAUGAAAAAACAAUCAACAAUAAAAGUGAUGGUGAUAGUGAUGGUGAAAGUAAAGACUUUAGUAAAUCAUCAUCAUCAAAUGCUCCUCGCCCAGUGAUUACUUUGAAAAAUUCAACUGAAGCAAUUCCAUUCACUCGAGUUGAUAGCUCUGUAAAAAUUGAAGGCUUCAACGAGGCAAAUGGUUCCUCUGAUAAAGUCGAAGAAGGUGUUGGUCCAGCAGUUGUCUUCGAUUAUGACUCUGAAUAUGCUGAAAGUGAAACAGGUUACUCACCAUCAUCCCAAUCCUCAUCCUCAUCAGUUGGACCUGAAGAUAACAGCUACGAAAAUGGUGACCUUAAAAUUGAAAUAAGUGACCUUAAACCAGUUUAUAUUAAGCCACCAAGUGGUUUCAAGCCCGUUCUAUAUCCAAAUCGUGAAAUGGACGGAGUUCAUCCAAUUGCAUCUGCAUUUGACGAUUAUUCCGGAGCUUCAUCAUCUAAUCAACCUAAAGUAACUUUACUACCACCUAAAGAACCUUACCCUUACCCUUAUCCUUUCGGUCUUACCUCAUGGUCUCUUGGAGGAAUCCGUGGUAUCCAGCGAGGAGGUUUCUGGGAGUCAAUGGGAUCAGAUGCUGCCUUGGGUCUUCCAGUUCGUCCAUUCAAAGGUAAUCCUGUUUCGGUUUUAGAAUGGAUUAACCUUGAUGGUUCAUCCAAAGACAACAACAACUAUAAACCACCUCUUCCUCCUCCAUCAGUUUCCUCACCUGAUUCAACAUCCUCAUUACAAUCAGAUUCAACACCGGAUACCGAUUUGUCAAAUAGAGUUCCUCUUGCAUCUUGGAUGUUCGGUGGUGUUCGCCAACUUUCACCCUUCUGGCAAAUGCGUCCAAUGGUAAUUGAAAAAGUUGAAUAUGUUCCAUUCCAACCAUCAUCCUCACAAUCGGCUCGUCCAUCAAAAUUAUCCUCGGUUAAUUCCUAUUGGAUUAUAUCUGAUAAUGAAGCAAACCCUGUUGAAUGAACCACUCUAAUCUAUUCAUCUUCUAAAUACAUAUUCUAUGUAAUAAUUGCUAUAAACUAUAUAAGUCAUUUCAUUGGCUGAACACUCAUACUUUGAUCACCAUGUUCAUCAUCAUACCCAUCGUCCUAAUCAUCUUCAAAAAGAUAUACUAGAUGAUAAACUUCGUUGCCAUUAUUUUGUUUGUUUUUCUCUUCAGAGGAUUUCCCACCUCUCUUGAAUUACAUCCACCCCUAUUUAUUCGUUUACUUUCAAAUUUAAUCGUUAACCCUUUUCAUUUUUCCUGAACCUUGCUCUUUAAUAUAAAUUAACUUUGUGAUGUUUUCUCAUCGAAUUUGUAUCCUUCAUUGACCAUCAUCACCUUCAAGGAAAUCGAAAUAAAUUUAUGAUUCUUCGUUGUGAAAAUAUAAAUAAAUAAAAAACACGAAACAAAUAAAACAAUAUAAUAAA